AUGGCGCAUCGCACCCCCCCCCGGUUCAACAAAUCCGAGCUGGACCUGGACCUGCUGUGGGACCUGGUGGUGCGCCAGCAUGGCGGCUACGACGCCGUGAGCAUGAACAAGCAGUGGGCGACGGUGGGCCGCCAGCUGGGCCCCAGCAAGUCCAUGACAAACCUCAGCUUCCACGUGCGCCGCCUGUACGAGCGCCACCUCCUGCCCUACGAGGUGUACCUGCGCAAGGGCUUGCCGCCCUCCCCCACCCGCUCCUGGUCGCCCAGCCGCCCCGCCCGCAGCACGCGGGGCAAGCACAGUCGCUGGACCGACGAGAUCCUGGACUGGAGGGAGGACAGCGCGCACGCUGGACGGGGGCAGGGGCGCAGCGUGCACAGCGCGCCACACAUCGGCGUGCCGCGCCGUGGCGAGCCCGGCGCGGAGGGUCUGGAGGGGGGGGAGGAGGCCGGCAGCCAGUCGCCGGAGGACGAGGAGGAAGAGUCCAUGGAGGUGGCCUCGCCCCGCAUCAAGACCUGGAUCCCAGGGAGCAGCAGCAACCUGCGCGGCCAAGACCUGGUAGGCUACCACAUCAAGCUGCACGGCGCGAGGCAGGACGCCAGCCCCCAGAUCGGGCUGGUCGUCUCUUACCGCGCCGCGGAUCGCACAUACCUGGUGGAGCUGGAGGAGGGGCAGCGCUUGCACCUGGACCUUCACGCCGGCCCGCCCUGGCAGCUCUGCGCCGACGACGACCAGGAGGCGCUGGCAGUGCAGCAGCUCACCCGUCUCGGCUCAGACGCGGUCAGCAUCGGCAGGGCGCUGGAGCCGCUGACCCAGGAGUCGGCGCCGCAAGCGGCGCCCCGGGCCAGCGAUGGCGGGGAGGGGCUCGACCGGGAGGCCCCGCCCCCGGCCGCCGCCGGCACGGAGGCGGGCGCACUGUCCGAGGCGGGGCGGGCGGCCGUGCUGGAGGGGGAGCUGGCCGAGGCGCGCGCGCUUGCGGCGCAGGAGGCGGCGGCGCUGCGCGCCGGCGCCGACGAGCUGCGCGGCACCCUGACCCUGCUCCUGCAGGGCCUGAGUGCGACGCCGGUGGGCGGCGCCCGGGUGGGCCUGCUGCCGGCCAUGGGCUCCGCCGCCGCGAGGCCGUACGGCGUCGUGUUCCGGCCGCCAGGCCAGGCGCAGGCGGAGGCCCCGCAGGCCCUGCCCUGA